CUUUCGGGGUCUGCGGGCGGAGACUGACAAGACUAGAACGUGACUAGAACGUGACUAGAACGUGAGUGAGAGCGAGAGAGGAGUCGAGAGGCACCGGGGGAGCCGCAGAGCCGCAGAGGAACGUAGCGACACAGAGAGAGAGCGGCGCAGACACAACAACUCGUGCACGCACACAGGCGCUGAGACGACUCAGGCGCAGACACGCGGAGAGAGAAAGCGACACAUAGAGAGGCAGAUACACACAUCGAGAGACUGGGAUAACACACAGAGAGACACACGGGGAAGGGAAGGUACACACCGGGUGAGAUAGACACAGAGAGAGCAGGCAAGAGAUCGACACAGACACAGCACUGGCCUCGAAGGUCGCUGCACCGCUGUUACCAUCAUCCUCAUCACCGUCGUCAUGAUGCUGAGUGGAACCUGCGUGCUUCCCCUCCUCCUCGCCGCUCUCAUCUGCUCACUCGCCGUUACUCCGUCCCGCGGCUGCGGACCCGGCCGCACGUACGGGCGGCGUCGGCAGCCGCGGAAGCUGACGCCGCUCGUCUACAAGCAGUUCGUGCCCAACGUGGCGGAGAAGACGCUGGGCGCGAGUGGCCGCUACGAGGGGAAGAUCGCGCGCGGCUCUGAGCGCUUUAAGGAGCUGACGCCCAACUACAACCCCGACAUCAUCUUCAAGGACGAGGAGAACACGGGCGCCGACCGCCUCAUGACGCAGCGCUGCAAGGACCGGCUCAACUCGCUGGCCAUCUCGGUGAUGAACCAGUGGCCCGGCGUGAAGCUGCGCGUGACCGAGGGCUGGGACGAGGACGGCCACCACUCGGACGAGUCGCUGCACUACGAGGGCCGCGCCGUGGACAUCACCACGUCGGACCGCGAGCGCGCCAAGUACGGCAUGCUGGCGCGCCUGGCGGCCGAGGCGGGCUUCGACUGGGUCUACUACGAGUCCAAGGCGCACGUGCACUGCUCCGUCAAAGCCGAGAACUCCAUCGCCGCAAAGUCUGGAGGCUGCUUCCCCGGGGACUCGCGCGUCUUCGUCGAGGGCGGCCGAUCCAAGCGGCUCCGGGACCUGCGGCCGGGAGACCGCGUCCUGGCGGCCAGGGGGCCGGGUUCGCGCCCCGUCUACAGCGACUUCCUUCUCUUCCUCGACCACGAACCACACCGCCGGAGACUCUUCCUCUCCGUGAAGACGGCGGCGCCUGCGCGCACGCUCCUGGUCACCCCCGCGCACCUCGUCUUCGCCGCCAACUCGAGUGACCCGCGGCACGCGAGGCCCGUGUUCGCCAGCAGGGUGCGGCCGGGCAUGCACGUGUUCGUGCUGGACGGUGACGAGGUGGCGACGUCCCGUGAUAACGACGAUGAUGACCACGAGGAGGAGGAUCAUCGCGAUCGUGAUGGCGGCGCGCGCCUGCGUGCCGCGCGUGUGGAGCGCGUGAGCUGGGUGGAGGCGUGGGGCUCGCUGGCCCCGCUCACGGCUCACGGCACGCUGGUUGUGGACGGCUUCCUCGCCUCCUGCUACGCCGUGGUGGAGCUGCACGACUGGGCUCACGCCGCCUUUGCGCCUCUACGUGCAGCGCACGCGGCCGCCAGGGCCACGCGGUGGCUCUUGGGUCGGGCGGCCUCGCCCGGGGUCACCGAGUCGCCAGAGGAGGAGAGAGAGGAGGAGGGGGAGGAGAGCAGAUUCCUCGGUUGGGACUCUCGGUUCCCCGGCAACUGUAGCGGCGCGCUGGAGGCGAGGAGCGCGCACAUUCACUGGUACUCGCGACUGCUGUACGGACUGGGUCGCCUGGUGUUGCACGACGACAGAUACCACCCGCUGGGCAUGGAGCUAGAACCCUGCAGCUAGAGUCGGGGUAAUGCUGGUGGCGGUGUUGGUGGUAAUGGUGGUGGUGUUUGUGGUGGUAGUGGUGGUGGUAUAAUACUUAUGUGUAUGGCUGGUGUUGUCGGCUUUGGCGGGAGAACAUAUCUGUUCCACCCCUGCAGCAUCUGUCCCUUCCCCCGUCACUGUCUCUCGCACACCAGUGCGUGCAUAUACACACACCCAAUCAUGCAUUAACACGUUCCUAUGCACACGCAAACAUAAAUAUGUACAUAGGCACACAUACAUACACACGCGCGCACUAUUUAGCAACUAAGCGAAUUAGCCCCCAACCCUGGUCUUACAUUCACACGUUAGAUGACACGCACGCAUAUCCGCACGCAUACAGUAUACAUAUUGUGCAUUGCACACAAGCGCGCGCACACAGGGAAACAGACGGAUACAAAGAUCCCCGGUAUAGCCUUAAAUACUGUCAGAGCAAGUGCUGUUAGCGAGCACCAUUAAAGUCCGGCGUGGCGCACGAGUGGCUG